AACUUCACAUCAAGGGGUCCAUACCAUAGAUUAGAAGGCAUGUGCCUGCAAUCCCAAUAAUGCAAAGUCAUAGCUGGAAUUGAAGGAUAGUCAUGGCAUUGGCAUUGGCAUAGGUUGCGAAUUAGCUUUAGCCAUGAAAGGCGUCUUUUCGGCGCCCGGUGAUUACGUACACUUCAAAUCCCAAGUUCCUCUUCACAAAAUCCCAAUUGGCACUAAGCAGUGGCGAUAUUACGAUUUCGGUCCAAAAGUUGUACCUCCGCUUAUAUGUCUUCCCGGAACGGCGGGAACCGCUGAUGUAUACUAUAAACAGAUCAUGUCGUUAUCUAUGAAGGGUUACCGUGUCAUAUCUGUUGACAUACCUCGCGUGUGGAAUAAUACUGAGUGGAUUCAAGCAUUUGAAAAGUUCUUGGAUGCUAUUGAUGUACACCAUAUACAUCUUUAUGGUACAUCACUUGGUGGCUUCCUAGCACAGCUCUUUGCUCAGCAUCGUCCUAGAAGAGUCCGGUCAUUAGUUCUAUCAAACACAUUUUUGGAGACACGAAGUUUCUCUGCUGCAAUGCCAUGGGCUCCCAUUGUUAGUUGGACUCCUUCCUUUUUGCUGAAGCGGUAUGUCUUAACAGGAAUUCGUGAUGGUCCCCAUGAACCAUUUAUUGCAGACUCAGUAGACUUUGUUGUUUCUCAGGUGGAAACCCUCUCUAGAGAAGACUUGGCUUCCAGAUUGUCACUGACAACUGAUGAUGCUUCAGUGGGACCUCUUCUUGUUUCGGAUUCAUGUAUCACUAUAAUGGAUACUAAUGACUACUGUGCAAUUCCCCAACAACUUAAAGAUCAACUGGGUGAAAGGUAUCCUGAGGCAAGGCGUGCACAUUUGAAAACAGGUGGAGAUUUUCCUUUUCUUUCAAGACCGGAUGAAGUCAACUUGCAUCUUCAGUUACACCUUAGGCGCGUUGGUGUGGAAGCUCGGCCAGAUUUGGUUCACAACAUUCCUAAAGGUGAUCUUGGAGGAAGUCCUAGCAAAGAAAAUAACGGAGAUGACUCUGACAAGUCACAUGAGGAUGAUAGGGGAGGCUCUGAAAAUCCACCUGCUGACUAUGAGAUAAAUCCUACCCCUGAAAGCUCAGGAUCCCGUAAUUUAGACAAGCAGCCACUCGAUAGUUCAGAAUGUUGCCACUUGGAUCAUGAACUCACCUUACAUGUCUUUCCUGAUGGAUUCACAAAGGAAAAGCACAUUGUGCCUCCAGGAACUCCUGUACAUUUCGUGGGGGGAUAUAUUGUUCUUUUUCAUCUUCUUCGUUACAUAAGUUCUCUGUACAUUAUCUGGAACUAUUCUUUGGAAUUUAGGCAAGUUGUGUAAGUCGGAAUUCUUUUGGAUAUAUUUUGUAUCAUAAGAACCACAAUUUGUGGACUGGGUUUCUGAGUUCCUUUGCCUGGAUGAACUUGAGUCUUGAGAUAGCUCAUAGCUACUUUGCAAGUUAUUUGCAAUUUGGAGUUAGGGUUUAAACUGUCAACAAUCAAAUUUUAUAUUUCGUGUUUUAAAUUCCUUCGUGAGGUGAGAUGGUUUGUGAAAUUUUAGCUGUCUCUCUCUGAAGUCGGAGAGUGUUCAUGUA